AUGGUUACCAUAAAAUUAGAGGAAGCAUUUAAGCUUAUACCUAUGUGUACGGGAGAAGACGAUAUCUAUCCGUUCAUAAAUGCAUGUGAUAUGGCAGUAAAUUUGGUUGAAGAAAAAUGCGCACCGACUUUAGUUAAAUAUAUAACAACUAGGUUAUCCGGUAGAGCAUUAGAAAUGAUAAAAUAUAAAAAUGUUGCUAAAUGGGUAUACAUUAAGAGUUAUUUAUCGAAUGCUUUUGAAGAUACGACAACUGCUUCAAGUUUGCAGAUACAAUUAAAUUCCAUUAAGAUGCGUCAUGGUGAAGACGUCAAUGAUUAUUGCCAUAGAGUAGAAAAAUUGUAUUAUAAGUUAUGUAAUGCGUGUACACUUAAUAAAGAGGAAUCAGAAGCAAAAGUAAAUCACGAAACUUUAAAAGAACAAACACUGAAUAUUUUUAUAAAAGGAUUAAUAAGUCCUAUAAGAACAAUUGUAAAGGCACGAAAUCCUAAAACAUUAGAGGUAGCUAAGCAAUUUUGCAAAGGCAGAGGAAGUAGAAUAUAA